AUGCUCGUGGGUCGUGAAAGGCGACUAUUGGAGAUGACGCAAAGAUACCGAAGUUUGAAAUGUGUUGUAAUUGAUGCGCAGUAUUGCGAUGAUAACAACCAAUAUGCUGGGUCCCUAUAUAGUUACCGUUCUCCCAUAAUCAGCAACAUCUGUUUCUACUGGCCGGAAGCGAAGGCAGGACUAAUAUGUCGUGUUAUACAUAGCGCGUUGGGUAAGAAACCGGCUUUGCCGUUGCCGGAUGAUGUGGAUGCUGCAGGCUUGAGCAUUGAGGGGUGCAUGAAAUUGCGACGAAGGUGGUCCAAAGACUGUAGUAGUUUGGUUUAUCGAACAACUCGUUACCCCCAUGAAGGCCAGCCGCUCUUAAUAGAAAGCUCUAAGGGACCCCCGGCUUCCGUUCACAUGGACUUGCUCUAUGGCUACGACGAUGUUUAUGAAAUGAUGCGCGACUCAAAUAUUCACAAGGUUGGCUGCGAAUUAGAUAAAUUAGCCCACUCCUUGUACGUCCAUUAUGAUAUGGCUUUGGUCAACUUCUCUAACAUACCCGAAGUAGACCCCGUCAAAUCCGGCUCUAACAUGCAUAUCGACCCAAUAACUGCCUUCGUACCUGAGGCCGUUUUAAGCGACAUACACGAUCGAAUUACUGUCAUGAUAAAGGAUUCUUCCUCCGGCGAACGAGCCUGA